UUCUUGACUUCUUCAGUCUCAGCUGAUUUCAGGUUUCCCCAAUCUUAUAAACAGUACAUUUCCACAAUGACUGAAACUUAGCAGCACUGAAUGAACAAUGGGAUGUGAGCUCAGUUACUUGAUCAAAUUACUUGCAAAUUCUCAUGACCAUUGAUCAAAGAGCAUCGAUCAAUGGUCAUGAGUACCAAUGACAGAGAGUUGGGGAAUGGCUGCAAUGCCAAAUAGGCCAUGAUCAACCAGAACUCUCAACUCUUCCAGGUUCUUUGGACUGGUAAGCAGCGGAUGACUUCCUCCACAGCAGAUCUGCUCCUCCAGUCCACACCUCACCUGCAUCUUUUUUAGCAGCAUUGUGGGCUAAAGCAGAGGAACCUGUACCCUCAGUUUCCUUUGCUUCUGUUGCAUCCUCUGUUUUUUCUGCUCCCGCUCCUCUUGGCUUCCUCUGCACUGGUUUCUUCAGCACCUUCUGCAUUCUCUGCUCCCUCAUCAAGGAGGAAAUGGCAUCCUCAUCAUCAACAGUUCUCUCAACCAUUGGCAUCAGCUGCCUUGGUCUGUCUGCUGGCACAGGGCUGACGGAUUACACUGUUUUGAUGCACAAGGGAUCUCUCGAGUGGAAGGUCCAAAUCAGAUGGAGAGUGGGGAGAAAAUCUGCAGUCCAGAUCAGGACGGACAGGCAUCAAAUUGGUGAUCAAUAUACUGGGAACUGCCAAAAUAGGAUGUACUCUGAAAGGGACUUUUACCUUUCUGGCAUUUCACAACGCACAUGGAAAAAUUUGACCAUCCACAUCUCAACUUUUGUUCUCGCCUUUUCUCAACCUUGCAUGGCUCCAGAGCAGCAAAUUCAGCCACCGAGUUGGAGUUGGUCCCCACCUCUAACACCAAAUGAGAAAAGGCCACCUGCUUUGAGCUUUACUGAUGUCAAUCCACCUGAACCACAGAAAAUGAUAGUUCAGCACACAGUGCGGCCUGAUGAUGCAACAACGCAGUUGUACACUUCCCCAAGGCUCAGGCCCUUUUCUUGGCGUCGCCCUCAUUCCUUGAAGGAUAUCAAACAGCCAGACCUCCAGAAGUCAAGGAGGCUUCUAGAAAGCCUCCAUGACUUAUCAUGUCCUGCUAUUGACAUGAUAGUGUGUACUUGAUUGCCAAGUUUGAAGUUGAAGAUGGGGGAUGACCUCUUUGCAAAGUAUCUCAACACCAUGCAAAACCAAAACCAUAGCGAGGAGUCCUUAGCCUACCUAAUAUAACAAGAGAAUCAACCUCUGUGGUAGAAGAGUUCAGGUAGCUGCUCUGCUCUGUGCCAUGGUAUUGAAGAAGAUAACAGUGGAUGAUAUAUAUCCUUAAAUUUAGUUACAGCACUUUCAGAAAGACAUCUACUUUGAUAAAGUCUACUCUCCACCGCUGUGUAAUCAAUUAUUGUAAAUGUAAAUGUUAUCAGAAAAUGA